GACCUCUCUCGCCCGCGUGCGGUUUGCUCCUCAUCCGCAGUGACAAUCCCGAAGAAGAGAGGGCGGAAACCCAGGUACAAGAUCAAGUCUCCAGUGCUCAUGACUCCCUUGGCCCUGUCACCUCCGCGGAGCACCCCGGAACCCGACCUCAGCUCCAUCCCUCAGGAUGCAGCCACUGUGCCCAGCUUGGUUGUCCCAGAGGCUCUCACAGUGUGCCUCUACGUUAACAAACAGGCCGACGCAGGGCCAUACCUGGAGAGGAGGAAGCUGCAGCAGCUCCCGGAGCGCCUGGGCCCCGAGCGGCCGGCCGCCGUGCUGCAGCAGGCGGUGCAAGCGUGCAUCGACUGUGCGCACCAGCCAAGGCUGGUUUUCUCCCUUGUCAAGCAGGGAUACCGCGGUGAACUGGUGUCAGUCUCUGCUUCCUUUGAUGGAAAGCAGCACCUGAGGAGUCUGCCUGUGGUGAACAGUGUGGGCUAUGUCCUCCGCUUCCUGACCAAACUGUGCCGCAGCCUCCUGUGUGACAACCUCUUCAGCCACCUGCCUUUUCCGGGGAGCACCAGUGCCUCUGAGAAGGCCCCGGAGAGAGAGGAUGGGAGGACAGAGUCAGCCAAGGUAGCCACUGCUGAAGAGUGUCUGGUAAACGCAGUGGGCAUGAACCGCUACGCCAUGGAUGCCUCCUCCACCGCCUUCAGCCACAGGGGCUCCGUGGCCCACUCUUCCUCACUGUACAAGAGGCUGAACUCUGGAGACGGUCACCUUGCGGGAGGCCCCGCCGCCACCACCACCAGUGGUUCCCGUACUAACCCCGUGUCCUCUGGAGGUUCAUCGGCACCUGGACUGAGGCUCCCAGCCUCCAGCCCCAAGAGGAACGGAACGGCCGUCGAAGGAAACAGAUGUGCCCCGAGCCCCGCUCCGGAGGUGCAGGGUACCAGGCGACCAAGCAGCAGAAACCCUUCCAUGUGGACUGUGGAGGACGUGGUCUGGUUUGUGAACGACGCUGAUCCUCAGGCUCUGGGGCCACACGUGGAGCUCUUCAGAAAGCAUGAGAUCGACGGCAAUGCCUUGUUGUUGUUAAGGAGUGAUAUGAUCAUGAAAUAUCUGGGGCUGAAGCUGGGACCCGCGCUGAAGCUCUGCUACCACAUUGACAAACUGAAGCAAACAAAGUUCUGACGAGCCGGAAACAAAACCCCGGAUCUCAAGGUUGCUUUUGCCAGACCAGUGUCUGGCCAACAUCACGAGUAGACUGUCCUCUUAAAUGUCACAGCCACAAAGACUGUGCCUUUUUAUAAAACGCGUGCAUCCUCGCCUCUCCUGACAUUCCUAGUGGCUUUUUUCGGAGACUCAACUGUGCGCUGGACUUGUCAAAAAAAAAAAAAUUUCAAAAAAAGCCUAUUACACCUCAUGUUCCUGGCAUGGUGGUCACUCUUUACUGGUGUGAGUUGUGCCAUGACAGGGUGGACAACUGAAUGCUGUCAUCCAAGGAGGGCCCUGGAGGGGGAGGGGGCUCGCAAAGUCACAAGAAGGACCCUGUCCCUGCAGGGGCUCUGGGGACGCCCCCCAGUGGCGGUGGCAACCUCUCCCCAUUCUUGGGACCGAUCAGCAUGAGUUUCACUGGACUGAGCUCUGGAAGUUGUCUUCUGAUGACUGCCUCGCCUUGCACUAUCUGGAAAACUUGAAUUUUUGUUGCUGUUUUGUUUUUGGUUUUGGUUUUGUCCAUGUGUUUGUUUUUUUGUUGUUUUCCACUAAGAGAAAGAGGAAAGGAUGUUUUCAAGCCCUAGCUACUGAAUUCUUUCCUUGUUCCACUAGAGGGCAGACUGCUAACGAGGUUUCAGGAUGUACAGACUGCAUGGCCACGAUAGGGUUUUUAGAAGCAAGACCCAGCUUGUACAGGGAAAGGGGAUGAAUUCCUCACUCAGCACCUCAGACUGCCACUUGGGAAGAAGUCGUGCUCUGUUGAGGUCCAGCUCAUAUCCACUACUUACUGACUUCCUUGGCACAAAUUCAGAAGCAACCAUCUAUCUAAACAAAGACCCGGAGUCCCUUCCCUCCCAGAGUCUCACUGAGGUUCUGAUACGAGGGCAUGCUGAAGAAUGUUGGUGACAUUUAGUUAUGGGUAUUUCUUGAAAAAAAGGCGGGGGUAGGGUGGGGUGGGUGGGAACUGUCUCAACAAAGUUUGAAAUAGGAUGUGCUGAUUUCUAGUUACACGGCUGUGUUCUAUAGCUGUGUCUGUGGCUAAUUUUUCUAGUCUUCAACGAAUACGCAGACGUGUUUUUAUUGGAUUUAAUUCAAUUUACAAAUAGGUUUUUACUCUUCACUGUGAAAUAAUGGGAAAAAAUUGAUUUUCUACCCUUUGCAGCUGUGUCCAGAGGGGGCGGGGUGGAGCCAUGAUUUCCUAGGUAGAAGGUGUCUUCCCUCAGUUUGCAGUCUGAGCAAGGUCUCGGCUGGCAAGUGUAGCCACACAUCCUGGUCUAUAACAAGACAAACGCAGUCUUGCAGAUGGAUCUGCCUGUUGUACCAAUUGGGUAGAAUUUAGGUAACGAGCACAGGACAUAGUCCAUGCGAACUUUGAUGUACCCUGCCUGUGGAAGUGGGGACAAGACCCUGCAAGAUCUUUGCUACAUAUACACCAGUGGUUGGACUUAAGUACGACAGAGAAGGAGAAAACUGUCCCAACACUUCCCACUGAAUGGAACUGAAUCAGGUUGUGGAUGAGAUGGAUGUCUGUUAUUUUUGGCAGGAGGCAGAAAUGACUUUGAAUUAGACCUUGGAGAGACUCUUUAAGAUGUUAAAGUCCUGAGCGGGUUCUGCCUUGAUGGAGAAUUGCUAAUGCUGGGUGUUUGCUGCUGCUCUGAAGUUAGAUCCCUGUCUCGGAAACCAUCAGGAGGGUCCCAUGUACAGAACUGCUGGCGUGAACGCAUCGAGAUUAGAACAGUCGCUUCACACAACACUUGUCCCUCCCCGGAGGCUCACCGGGCCUCUUCCAGGGACAUGGGCUCCUUAGUGACUGGCACUAUUAAGCUUGCCAAAUGUCAUGCCUAAAUUUACCCAUGUCUCACUGGUACCCCAAGUUAGAACAAGGCCAAACAAGCCAGGGGAGACCUCAAGUAAUUUUUGAAGGAGAGCUAGGACCCGGUUCCAGUCUGUGGAGGAACUGGAGCUGUGUCCCCAGAUAUGAUGUCUUAUUUCACACAAAGCCUUAAAUUAGCUCGAUUGUAGGAUUCCAGACAUUUUAGGUUUGGCCAAACAAAGCAAAACAAAGCACCAAGAAGCAAUCUCGUUAGUCUUGGAAUGAAGACUGCCGUAUCACAGAAGACCCAGCGGAACCAAUUCUUCUUGCCUGUUUUUUCCAUAGAAUCUAAUUAGUUGACCAAAUCAUCGUAGCAAGUAUAAUUAAUUUUCAUCCCUCUCAAACAUCUUGUCAAACAGUGCAGCUAAAUAACUUCUCAAUGUAAAACAUGCAAGGCCGCUUCCUCCAAACAGACCGUCCAGGGUCAGGCCACAGGGGUUCCUGUGGCCCACGAGCGGGACUUGAACUCACAUCUGACAGUUCAUAUGCUUGCUCUUCCGGCUGCACAGGUUUGUCAGGUUGGACUGGAUAAUGAUUACGUUUUGCAUAAUUCCAAAUUAAAGAGUGCGGGUGCUCAUGUUCCAAACAUUUCCAAUUACGUUUGUCUGUUAGACACUUGGGGGAAAAUCAAGAGACAAUUCUGUAGCCUAAAGCAUUUUAAAUGUUUUAUGCAACACAUUAUUUCCUUUGUGAAGAUUUUGGACAAAAGAUGUGGCCUGUGUGUAUGAGUCUGUGUGUGUGUCUGUGUGUUUGUGUGUAUCUGUGUGUCUGUGUGUGUCUGUCUGUACCUUCCUCUGUCUGUGUGUUUGUGUCUGUGUCUCUGUCUAUGCCUCUCUCUGUGUAUGUGUGUGUAUAUGUGUGUCUGUGUGUGUCUGUGUAUCUGUCAAUGUCUGUGUGUGUCUGUCUGUACCUUCCUCUGUCUGUGUGUUUGUGUUUGUGUCUCUGUCUAUGCCUCUCUCUGUGUAUGUGUGUGUAUAUGUGUGUCUGUGUAUGUCUGUGUAAUUGUCUAUGUCUGUGUGUGUCUGUCUGUGGCUGUGUGUGUGUGUGUCUAUGUGUAUCUGUGUGGCUGUGUGUGUGUGUGUCUGUACCUGUCUCUGUCUGUGUGUUUGUAUCUGUGUGUCUGUCUGUGCCUGUGUGUGUUUGUCUAUGUGUAUCUGUGUGUGUCUGUGUGUGUAUUUAUGUGUGUGUCUGUGUGUCUAUAUAUAUUUGUGUGUGUGUGUGUGUGUGUGUGUGUAUUUAUGUAUCUCCAGACACUGGAGUUGGAAAAUUUAAGAAGUGGCUGGGUAUGCAGCAGCUAUUGCAUGUUCUUAAAUAUCUUUCCAGCUUUGCAGCGUGGAGGCCCGGCACAGUCUAACCUUCCAACUGGCUGUUCUGUGUAGGUGUGCCCCCUUACUGUGGCGGGCCUGUCCUGUGGACAGCUAGAUGACCAGAACAGUUCUGGUGCCUGGACUUAGUCCUCCGACUCUCCGAGGACCUGAAAGCCUGAACGAAGGUCAUGCAGGGGAGCCCCGGCUGUAACAGCUGCCCGAGGGUUCCGUUGUGGCUGCCAGGGGAGUACAUGGGCCUGUUUCUUCUCUUCUACUGGAUUGCCAAUUUUUCCCCUUUCGGAAGAAAUAAAAGAGCAGAGAAUGCCUGAGAAAAAAACCUGUGUUCAGAAUUGAUAACUUGGGAAGGGAUGCUGUGCUGCAUUUGAGAAGCAAACCAGAGCAUACAAAAUUGUACAUUUCUUAGGAAAACAGGACAAUAGCGUUUGUGCUCACUGCCCCCGCCCAGGGCACAGCCAGAACCUAAUGAUGUCACAGAAUACUUCUUUAAAUUAAAAUGGUUUAAAUUAAAAAACAACAAAACA